CCCACUCUAAAAAGUUAAACCCUCUCCCUGAAUCAGAGUGUCUUUGUUUUAUUUAUCUCCCGCCAAUUAAUAAUAAUUAAUACCAUAAAUUAGGGUUUCACGAACCUUUUAAUCGUCCUCCUCCGCUCUGUAUCUCUCUUCCCAAAUUCGUCCAGGUGAAUCUCUUCGAUUCGGAAUGGCCGAUGAAGAAGAUGCUCUCUCUCAAUUCAACAUAUCGAAAGAGGAAACGGAUAAGCUAGUAUCAGAGGUGAUAAGAUUCAUACUGUUCAAGUCACACCAAACCUCAGGUUGUCCAAUUAAAAGAGAAGAUUUGACUCAGAUUGUUACUAAGAACUAUCGCCAGCGUAAUCUCGCCACACAUGUCAUCAACGAAGCCAAGAACAAGCUCUCUAAUGUCUUUGGUUACGAUUUGAAAGAGCUUCAACGCUCUCGUGCUUCUUCUAAUGCUCAAACUAGGCUUCCUCCUCAGUCACAGAGUUCUGUUGACUCUAAAUCGUAUGUGCUUGUUAGUCAAUUGCCGAUUGAAACGUUUAGGAAGUACGUUGUGGAUGAAACCACGAGUCCUAUGACUGGCUUCACCUUUGCUGUUCUUGCCAUUGUGCAACUUGCAGGUGGUAAAAUCCCUGAAGAAACCCUUUGGCAUCAUUUGAAGCGAAUGGGACUGCAUGAAGGUGAUGAGCAUAAUCCUGUGUUUGGAAACAAUAAGCAGAACCUGGAAACGUUAGUCCAACAAAGGUUCUUGCAGAAGGAGAAAGUAAGUGGCCCAGAGGGUACUAGUCUGUUUUACGAUCUUGCUGAGAGAGCUUUGGAUCCGCAAGUUAGUGAAAAAUUAAAAGAUUACAUUUCACAGAUCCUGAAGAAUGAUGUAGCAGUUGUAGACCUCGAUUAGUGGAAGAUUUAGCCUUCGGAGACUAACCAAACAGAUUGGUGCAAGUCUUUUUUUAACUUAUGUACUUAUUUAAGAUUGCCUUUGAUGAUUCAAUGUAUGUGAAGCUACUUGAGGAAACAAGUUUUGGCAAAGAUCAGUUCUGAUGUAAUAUUGACAAAAAAAUAUGAAUUGACUUUAUAAUCUUGCCAUCUGAUGACA